UCCGCUCCGUGUCUGUGGGGGGCGGGGGGAGCCCGGACACCUGGGUUCUAUUUUUGGCUGCGGGGCUAUACUGGCUCCCGGUUGAUUUGAGGGGGUGCCCCAUGUCUCCCUUGUAGGGAGAAGCCCCGCACCCAGCCCUGCCAUGGAGACUCUGAUCCCUGUUAUCAACAAACUGCAGGAGAUUUUCAACACGGUGGGGGCCGAGGUGAUCCAGCUGCCCCAGAUCGUGGUGAUUGGGGCCCAGAGCAGUGGGAAGAGCUCGGUUCUGGAGAGCAUUGUGGGUCGCGACUUCCUGCCCCGGGGCUCAGGCAUUGUUACCCGGCGGCCCCUGGUCCUGCAGCUGGUGAAUGUGCCAUUUCUGGAGGAGCGGCAACAUGCAGCCAGUGGGGAAACAAGUACCCAGGCCGAGGAGUGGGCGACCUUCCUGCAUUGCAAGCACAAGACCUUCACCGACUUCGAUGAGAUCCGGCAGGAGAUCGAGACUGAGACCGAGAGGACAACAGGAACCAACAAGGGGAUCAGUCUGGAGCCCCUGUAUCUGAAGAUCUACUCCCCACAUGUCCUGAACCUGACACUGGUCGACCUACCGGGGAUCACCAAGGUGCCUGUAGGGGACCAGCCCCCCGACAUUGAGGGCCUGGUGCGGGAGAUGAUCCUGUCCUACGUUUCCAAUCCGAACUGCCUGAUCCUGGCUGUGACAGCUGCCAACACCGACAUGGCCACCUCUGAGGCGCUCAAGCUGGCCCGGGAUGUUGACCCCGAUGGACGCCGCACACUGGCCGUGGUCACCAAGCUGGACCUGAUGGACGCUGGGACAGAUGCCAUGGAUGUUCUGAUGGGCCGGGUCAUCCCCGUCAAACUGGGCAUCAUUGGGGUGGUGAACAGGAGCCAGCAUGACAUCAACACUCAGAAGAGCAUCACUGAGUCACUGCAGGACGAGCAGGGCUUCCUGCAGAAACGAUACCCAUCGCUGGCCAACCGCAACGGCACCCGGCACCUGGCCAAGACCCUCAACCGGCUGCUGAUGCACCACAUCCGGGAUUGCCUGCCGGAGCUGAAAACCCGGGUGAAUGUGCUGACGGCCCAGUAUCAGUCAGUGCUGCAGAGCUAUGGGCAGCCCAUCGAGGACAAGAAUGCCACGCUGCUGCAGAUCAUCACCAAGUUUGCCACCGAAUACUGCCACACCAUCGAGGGCACGGCCCGGAACAUUGAGACCUCAGAGCUCUGCGGGGGUGCCCGCAUGUGCUACAUCUUCCACGAGACAUUCGGCCGAACAUUGGAGUCCAUCGACCCACUGGCUGGGCUCACGAUGCUGGACAUCCUGACAGCCAUUCGCAAUGCCACGGGCCCCCGUCCCGCCCUCUUUGUGCCUGAGGUCUCCUUCGAGCUUCUGGUGAAACGACAGAUCAAGCGUCUGGAGGACCCUAGCCUGCGUUGUGUGGAACUGGUGCACGAGGAGCUGCAGCGCAUCAUUCAGCACUGCUCCACCUACAACACACAGGAGCUGCUGCGCUUCCCCAAACUGCAUGAAGCUAUUGUGGAGGUGGUGACAGGCGUCCUGCGGCAGAGGCUGCCCAUCACCAAUGAGAUGGUUCAUAAUCUGGUUGCAAUCGAGCUCGCCUAUAUCAACACCAAGCACCCAGACUUCAUCGACACAGCACUGGUGUCUGCCUCUGUCAGCAGCAGCAGCAGCAGCAGCAAGAAUGACCCCCCUGCAGAGGGGAUCCGGCGUUGGAAGAGUGACAAAGUGGAGAAUGCUGGCAUGGAAGAGAAACCUAAGGGGAACACCCAGCCCCCCAUGUAUUCCAGCCCCAGUCGCUCCCAUGCUGUCAAUCUGCUGGACACACCCAUGCCGGCCACACGGAAGCUGAGCCAGCGGGAGCAGCAGGAUUGUGAGGUGAUCCGCAGACUCAUCAAAUCGUAUUUCCUCAUUGUGCGCAAAAGCAUCCAGGACAGCGUCCCCAAGACGGUCAUGCAUUUCCUGGUGAACUAUGUCAAGGACCAUCUGCAGAGCCAGCUGGUUGGACAGCUAUACAAGCAGCAGCUGCUGGACAUGCUGCUCACAGAGUCAGAGGACAUGGCACAGCAGCGCAAGGAGGCUGCUGGGCUGCUCCAGGCCUUGCAGCGAGCCAGCCAGACCAUCUCUGAGAUCCGGGAAACGCAACUCUGGUGAGGGGAGAUUGUGCCUACAAACCAAGCCCUGGGCUCUGACUCACUCACUUGGUGCUACAAAUACCCCUGCUGACCUGUGUGGAUGUCUGGAGUGGCAGAGACACCACACACACCCCUCCCCCUGUUCUUUGCUGCCUGUGUAUCUGAGCCGCUCCGAUGGUGGGUUGGUGUUAUGGAAUAAAACUUGUUUGCACAAA